UAAAUAUAUCAUCAAACUAGAUGCAGUAAUUUGUGAUGUCCCUGCAAGAGCAUUUUUAAAGUGUAUUAAAUCUCAUACUGCAUAUCAUAGCUGUGAGCGAUGUAUUCAAAAAGGUGAAUGGUAUGGAAAAAUUCUUCUUCCUAACCUAUCAGGCUCCACUUAGAACUGAUGAAGGUUUUCGCAUGCAAGCAGAUAAGAAGCAUCACAUUGAUAACACUAUCUCUCCAUUUUUAGAAUUAUCAUUUGGAAUGGUUUCAUCUUUUCCACUCGAUUAUAUGCAUUUGGUAUGCUUAGGAGUAGUUAAAAGAAUGAUUAAUCAAUGGGUGCAUGGAAGUAAAAAGAAACAAUGUUUAUCCAAAACAUCGUUAACUACAUUAUCUGAAAAACUUGUUUUAUUUAAACAGCAUGUACCAAAAGAUUUUUCACGCAAACCUCGCUCAAUAUUGGAAUUUAAACGCUGGAAAGCUACUGAAUUACGCCAGUUUUUAUUAUAUACUGGUCCAGUAGUUUUGAAAGAUGAUGUUAAUCAUUACGGUGCUCUGGAUAAAGUCUCUUCUUUUCCAUAUGAAAGUUAUCUUGGAAGAUUGAAAAAGCUUGUGCGGCGACCUCAGUUCUUGUGCUUUCAAAUUGUGAGAAGUAUUUUUGAAGAACAUUUGAAUCCAACUAAUCAAAUUAAAAUGUCUUAUGCAAAUGUUUCAUUUGAUGAAAGUAAUGAAACGGAUUUUCUUCCAUUAAACUGGAUUGCUGAUGGUACCUUAAUGAGUGAUAUUCCUAUGCGAAUUAAAAAGCAUCAUAUAGUCGAGUUUUACUGGCCUCCACUAAAAAAUCCAGAAAGUAUUUCUAAGGCAAAAAGUCGGUGUUUAGAGGCCGAUUUGAAUUGGCCCACUUAUAAAGCACGAAUUUUGUUUACUGCUGAUUCACUUUAUGAGGCUCGUCAGAAAGCAAUAUUGGCUGAAGACACUUCGAACCUCGAAGUUGAAAAUAGUAUAAAGCAAAGAAGAAUAAAUAUUAUACAAGCUGAUGAAAGUGACAAAAGUGAAGUUGAAUCUGAUUGCAGCGAAGAGUUUAUUGAAAAGAAAAAGAAAGUUAUUGAUGUGCACAAAAAAAUGAAACAUGUAGAAAAAUCUUAUUCUUUACCUAAACCAAAAUCUCCAAUUCAAAUUAUACCUAAGCCAGUUCCUCCUUCAUUUUUAUCAGUAAAACGUUCUGAUAGUUUCAAUCAAUCUGAUUGGAAUGAUUGUGAUAUUGAAAUUACUCGUCAUAAUACAACUGUUCUUGAAAAUAAGACAUAUAUGCCAACAUUCGAUUCUUCUGCUAACUUUGCAAGUACUAGUCAAACUAACACAAUAUUAACUGCAAUUUUGACACAAAUUGAAGACAUAAAACAAACUUUAAAAAUUCAUUCUGCUAUUUUGCAAAGCUUAGUGCAACGAGACAGAGGUAUAAAUGCAAGUUUAUGUCAGCUUCCAGAGGAUAUACAAUUACCUAUUUUAACAUAUGAGGAUCUACUAGUAAUGGAUCAGAAGUUGAUAGAUCCUCUAGUGAAGAAAUGUAUGAUUAAAGUGAUAGCUGAUAUAGGUGGAGUUGAUCUUUCCGAUUUUAUAAAACGAUCAAUGAAAUUUCUUCUUGGCAAUGAUCUCUCUAAAAAAUUAAAUCUUACUGGACAAAAUCAAAAGCAACCUUUUAAAACAUUGAAUAUAUGUGAAGUUCUGUUCAGUAGCGUGAAAGUUAAUGCAACUACUCUAGAUGCAAAUAAAAAGCAAAUCGAGGCAGAACUAUCAAAGUGGUUUACCAAUUCACGGGAUCGUGGUAGUGAUCGUCGGGGAAGAAAAAAAAGAUUAAAAGACAUCAACAAUGAAUCAGAUUUUAUUUUGAACAAAUAA